AUGACGUUUCGUAGACCUCUUGAGUUUGUUACGAAUUCUAGACGUUCGGCGGUAUAUUCACUGAAUGGAAUGGUAUCAUCUACACAGCCAUUGGCUAAUUCGGCCGGAACCGAAAUACUCAGUAAAGGGGGGAAUGCAAUGGAUGCUUGUGUAGCAAUGUCUGCAUGUUUAGCGCUUCUUGAGCCGGCAAGCACAGGUAUUGGUGGUGAUUGUUUUGUACUUUGGUACGAUUCUAAGGAGAAAAAGGUUAGUGGUUUGAAUGGCAGUGGGAGAUCUGCUCGCAACAUAACGCUCGAUUGGUUGAAGAAGUCACGGUCCAGAGACGUAAAUGGGUUUAGGCUUGCAGAAGAUUCUGUCUUUAAAGUGAACGUGCCGGGUGCUAUUUGUGGAUGGUACGAUUCCAUGAAAAAAUGGGGGUCAGGCAAUGUUACAUUUAAGGAAGUUUUAGCACCUGCCAUUCGCCUGGCUGAAGAAGGAUAUCCAGUCUCACAGAUAAGUGCCAGUUUAUGGAAGAACGAGGAAGAGAAGUUGAAAAGGAUGAAUACCAAGUGCAGUAGAGAAACACUAGGGCUAUUCCUACCCAAUGGUACAGCACCUAGGGAGGGUCAAGUUGUUAGGAAUCCAGAGGUGGGUAGGGCGUUACGGAUAAUUUCCGAGAGAGGUAAGAAGGGGUUCUACGAAGGUGAGAUUGCCGAAGCAAUAAUCAGGGAGCUGAAUAGCCGGGGGCAUGUAAUGACAAGGGAAGAUUUCUCGGAGCACAAGAGUACAUUUGUGGACCCUAUAAGUUAUGAGUUUCUAGGUCAUAAAUUAUGGGAGAUUCCGCCCAAUGGGUCUGGUAUAAUUGCCUUAAUGACUUUAGGACUGAUUAAGCAAUUAUCCACUAAAGGAGCAGUUGACUUAAAGAAAUUAAAGCAUAAUUCCAGUGAUUAUCUACAUGUGAUUAUUGAAUGCCUGAAGGUCGCCUUCAAAGAAUCCGAAGAGUAUGUCAAUGAUUAUGAGCAUUUCCAUUUACGUACAGGGAUUGACCAGAAUCACUUGAUUUCACAAGUGUUGAGUGACGACUAUCUCUAUGAGGAAAUUAAAGGAUUUGAGAUGGGUCAAGCGUCUGAUAUUCGGAAUGUCCCCAAUAGUAUAUUUAAAUCCGACACGGUAUAUUUCACAGCAACCGAUAAGUUUGGGAAUGCGUGUUCCUUUAUCAAUUCUGUCUACGAAGGGUUUGGAAGUGGAAUAAUUGUACCAGGAUACGGAUUCACUCUACACAAUCGAGGAGGAAAUUUCACAUUGAAUGCACAGUCUAAAAAUUGUAUUGAUGGCAAUAAGCGUCCCUACCAUACAAUUAUUCCUGGUAUGAUAACCAACUCCCAUGGGGAUGAGCUCUAUGCGAGCUACGGAAUCAUGGGGGGGUACAACCAGCCACAAGCGCACGUCCAGGUGUAUAUGAACAUGCUCCUCUUUGGCAUGACACCGCAGGAAGCCUUAGAUGCUCCUCGGUUAACAUUGACCUCAGAUAUGCGAUUUCGAGAUGAAGAUUUAGGUUGCGGCAGUGAUGGUCCGGUUAGUAAUGGCCAUACUGUAGUGCAUCUCGAGGAGGGGAUUACGGGGGACGUCAAGGUCGAGCUAGAGAGACGUGGACAUGUAGUGGGCGACAUUGUUGAAGGCCAUGCCAGACGCAAGUUUGGUAGGGGGCAGAUUAUACGACGGGAGGGACAAGUGUGGAGUGGCGGCAGUGACAUGCGAGGAGAUGGUGCAGCGGUUCCGGGGGGUUAG